UAUGUAUUUGUAUUCAUUUCAAAACUCUUAAAUUAACAUAGAAGAUGCAUGACCCUGCAUUCAAAGUUGAAACAAAAUAUCCCUGGUUUCCGCGGAAUGUGAUGACAUGGAUUCUCUGGUACAAUCCAGCUAGCAAUACAUCAUCAGAAGAAUCUUUAUAACCCAAAAAACUGCACCACUGACGGUACAAUAAUCCAACAGAGACCCAUCCUCUCCGGCCUCCACCAUUUAUGCCUCUUUAAUUUCCAUCCAAACAAAAACAUUUUAAUCAUCAGAGAGGACCUAACAAUAAAAACCAAUCUACCAAGUACCAACCAACACCACACUAAUAAUAACACUAACUCAAUUCAUGGCCUCUUCUACACCUCUUCUCCUUCAAACUCUAAUAAUUUCCAUCACUCUUCUCCAAUUCCAAACAAGUAAUCAACAACAACCGCUCCUCCUACUUCCGCUGAAACAACAAACACAACAACCUUCUUCAAAUUCUCGAAAGCUCUCAUUCCAACACAACGUCACCUUAACGGUCACAUUAACCGUCGGCACGCCCCCACAGAACGUUACCAUGGUCCUCGACACAGGCAGCGAACUCUCUUGGCUCCACUGCAACCCCGUAAACAACAACACCUUCAACUUCUUCAACUCUUCUCUCUCUUCUUCCUAUGUUCCAACCCCAUGCAGUUCUUCCAUAUGCAAGAUUCGAACUCAAGACCUACCCAUUCCGGUCUCCUGCGACUCCACCACCAGCAAACUCUGCCACGUCAUCGUCUCCUACGCCGACUCCACCUCCACCGAGGGCACACUCGCCGCCGACACCUUCUCCAUCGGAGCCACCCCACAACCCAACACUCUCUUCGGCUGCAUGGAAUCUGGGUACACCACAAACCCAAACGAGGAUUCAAAAUCCACAGGUCUUUUAGGCAUGAACCAAGGUUCACUCUCCUUCGUAACCCAACUUGGCCUUCCCAAAUUCUCUUACUGCAUCUCCGUCGGCGAAGGCUCCUCCGGCAUCCUCCUCUUCGGAGCCACCACCGCGUUUCCCUGGCUUGGCCCUCUCCAAUACACACCUCUCGUCAAAACCACAACCUCCUUGCCGUACUUCGACCGCGUCGCUUACACCGUACAGCUCGAGGGGAUUAAGGUUUCGGACAAGCUUCUUCAACUUCCCAAGUCCAUUUUUGUUCCCGAUCACACCGGAGCGGGUCAAACAAUGGUGGAUUCGGGUACCCAAUUCACGUUCCUUCUUGGGUCGGUUUAUACGGCGCUAAAGAAUGAAUUUUUGAAUCAAACGAAGGGGAAGAGUAUGUUGAAGGUGGUUGAGGAUCCGAACUUUGUGUUCCAGGGAGCCAUGGACUUGUGUUACAGUGUUGUGGGUGGUGGUGGGGGUGUGGCGGCAGAGGUGCCGGCGGUGACAAUGGUGUUUUCGGGGGCGGAAAUGAGGGUUUCCGGUGAAAGGUUGCUGUAUAAGGUGAAUGAAUCGAUGUAUUGCUUCACGUUUGGGAACUCGGAUAUGUUGGGGAUUGAGGCUUAUGUGAUUGGGCAUCAUCAUCAGCAGAACGUGUGGAUGGAGUUUGAUUUGGUCAACGCUCGAGUUGGAUUUGCUGACACUAAGUGUGACCUUGCUAGUCAACGACUUUCCCCUGCUUCUUAACAUUUUUACAUACCAAAUACUUUUCUAUCUAAUUAACCCUCGCAUUACAUUGUUUUUUACUUUUCCUUCUU